GGGUUACCGAGACUCAAUUCGUAACUGACGAGCACAUAACGACAAUUUGUUCAAAUUUUUUUCCAAGCUCUAUGUUAUGGACUUGCGUAAUUGUGAUUGUAUCGUGUUAAUCUAAGCGUAUCGUUUGGUAUCUUCAAAUUCAACGUUAUAUAUACGUUCGUCCGUGUUACCGUGAGAGCGAUAGAGGUGCGUGGCUGUCGAAAAAAAACCAUCGCCCAGAUCGAGAAACUCACAUUUUACAAAUGAAAUGUAUUCUCAUCAUCGAGCGUGUGAGAAAAUCUGUAUCCGUGUGCGUGUAAACGUUUAUGAAAACGCACACAUAUCGACGAAACGUCUCCGCGUGUGACAUGUCCGAUAUUAUCUUGUCAAGUAAGAAGCAUUCUCACGCUCGCGACAUUUCAUAAAGCAGAAUCAAUCGGUAGUCGAUUCAAGUUGUCCGCGUCUGUUGAGAUUUUUACCUCUUUGAUUAUUUACACGCGCCGCUUUUCCUCGUCGUACCGUCGUAAGAACGAGAGAUAAAAGAGCUGUAGGAUGGGCCGAUAUACCGGAAAAAAAUGUCGUCUCUUGACGAUGCUGUGGUUAACGGCAUUUUUCUUCCUCGUUGAAAUAAUAGUGGGAUACGUAACAAAUUCCAUGGCUCUCAUAGCUGACAGUUUUCACAUGCUGUCCGAUGUAGCGGCUCUCGUCGUUGCCUUUUUGUCCGUCAAGAUGUCACCGAAAAAGUGGUCGAAGAAUACGUUCGGAUGGGCGAGGGCCGAGGUCUUGGGUGCUCUCGUCAACGCUGUCUUUCUCGUAGCUCUGUGCUUCAGCAUAACCGUCGAAGCUUGCAAGAGGUUUAUCGAAGUCGAAGAGAUCCACGAAGCAAAGUUGCUCGUCGCCGUUGGUGUUCUGGGAUUGCUCGUCAACGUAAUCGGGCUCUGCCUAUUUCAUGAACAUGGAAAUACUCACGGGCAUUCGCACGGUAUAUCGCGGAGCCACAAUAGAUUGAGCACUCUUGUGGGUGCCGGUACCGACGACAACGAGAAUGAUGAUGCGUAUCGUCCGCCUCCUCCACCACCGCCACCGCCUCCGCCGCCAAUGAAGAGGGCGCACGGUCAUUCUCACGACGCCAGCCAAAUGAAUAUGCGCGGUGUUUUUCUCCACGUUCUUUCCGACGCCCUGGGAUCAGUCAUCGUAAUCGUCUCGGCUCUCAUCGUCUGGCUCACCAAAUGGGAAUACAGAUUCUACAUCGAUCCAGCCCUUUCGCUUCUUCUCGUGUUACUCAUACUCCGUUCGGUGUGGCCAUUGUUGCAAGAAUCAGCGCUGAUCCUAUUGCAGACGGUACCCACUCACAUACAAGUCGAUGCGAUACAGCAGCGACUAUUGGAGAACGUUGACGGAGUUUUGGCCGUUCACGAGUUCCACGUGUGGCAAUUGGCCGGCGAUCGUAUCAUCGCAUCGGCUCACAUACGCUGUCGCAAUCUCUCCGAAUACAUGAAGAUAGCUGAACAAGUUAAGGAAUUUUUUCACAACGAGGGCAUCCACUCGACCACGAUACAACCCGAAUUUAUAGAAUAUCACUCCAAUAGCGAAGUCAAAGAAACGCCGACCGAAGACUGCGUUCUUGAUUGUCCGAAAACGGACAAACCCUGCAAUCAAGCGACCUGCUGUGGUCCGUCCAAGCAGGGUCGUGAAACUCCAUCGCCCGGAGAAACACCGUACAUGUGCCGACAGCGAAACAGUCUGGCACGAUCGAUCGGUUCGAUGACGGAGACGGAUCAACGGGAGGUGAACGAGAUGGAACGCGGUCAUUUGCUCUCACCACCCAUCUCUCAUAAUUCCGGUUCACUGCCGCAUCCUCACGUAAACAGUCCGUCGGUUUGAAAAAACAAAGACAAAAGAGCAUUGACAAGAAAUUUCAUGGAAUAGAGAUGCAAAGGGAGAAAGGGAGAGAAGAAAACGAUGCCUACCUCCGCAGCCGCGAACGUCGCCGUCACCGCCGCCACCACCGCUACAUCGUACAAAAUGGGAUUAUUUAAUCAUACGCGAUUGUGCAUUUGGUGCCCAAUUCGACGCGAACGCUCCCCGCUUUAUCGUCUCAAUGUCACCGAGACUCGUCGAAUACGCGUAUCGCGAGGAUUAACAUCAUCGAUCAGGUUAUUCCUCUCUUUCCCCUUUUUUAUUCGACAUUGGAUCGCUCUUCAAAACGAUCCGAGCCGUUCGAAACCUUGACUGCCAGAGAGGCAUUUUAUUGUUAGAUUGAUACUAUCUAGAAAAUGUAUUGUAGGCUUUUUUUCUAAUCAAUCGGAGUGACAAUUUGAGUGUCGGGGAUGUGGUAGCGGCUGCUUCUUUCUACAAACGAAUCAGACUAGAUAAAAACUUUGCUAAUUGUACACACCGAUGAUCCUAACCAUAUUUGUAAAUAUUUCAUACGUAGCGCAAUAUUAAUUAUUAACCGACGCGAUGACACAUACUUUGUACGUAAUUUUCAUCUUUUUCUCGACGUAAAUAAUCGCGUUGCGAUUUGCAGCUCUCAUCCGCAACAACGCGACUCGAUUUUUUAAAUUAAAAAAUACGGAAGGACGCUAAAGUUGUGCCUCGAUUAUUAUGAACAACGUCGAUUGCCGGCGCCAUUUUUUUCUCUCGAAACACCUGACGCGCGAAUCGUAUGAUCCGGCAGGGAAACGACUCUUGAAUUAUUCUUAAGAUAUUAAUGUCCAGUAUUUGCAUCGACGAAGCGGCGGUGAUUUUAUCAAAUUAUCCGAGUUACUGCUGAAUGAACGACGUACGAAGGUUUUUUUUUAGGACGCCCUCGUUGUUCUUCGACCACGGGCAAGAGACUCGUAUCGCCGAAUAGAAAACGAAUUUCGCUCCGAAACGCAAUGAGCGUUGAAGCAAAAUUCUCGUUUAUAACGCCUCUGUACGCGAGAAAUAAUAAUGUUAAGGGGUGAUAGAUUGUCACAAAUGGUUGCUCUAUUUCUUUUUCGGAAGCGCUCGAGGCGUUGCGAAAAGUCUGUUGAAUUUUGUACGAAUGGAACGAAUGUCAAGAGAGAAAUAAAUAUUUACGCACAAUGCUCGAUGGGCACUCUCAAAAUUUGGUGACUCAUUGUACAUUUCCAACAAGAGCGAGGAUGGAAGCCGAUGAAUACGUGUCGUUCAAAUGGAUUUAAAAAUGUUGUCAGUUUCUGUGUAAAUAAUUAAUAAUCAUGUUCAUCAAUUCGUACGGGCAUUCGUUGUUUCCAUUAAAAAUAUUUAUAAAUUCGUGCAAAUAAAGCUUCGAUACAGUUGCUGCGAUCCGCACGAUGCAUCGCAGUUGUAGCAGCAUCAGCAGCAACCGUAGCCUCGUGAAGAUGACAUAAUGGAGACAGCUCGGAAAAAUAUUUAUAAUAUUUUGUACAAUUUUUCAAGUGUUUCACGAACAGAUGUAUUAUUUGUAAAAUAACGAUAGACCCAACGACAUAUAUAAUUUAUAGAUGGGUACAGAUGAGGCGAGAGGGUGUAAGGGUGAAAAAAAAAAAUCGAUUAACGAUCGCAUUUUCAAUGGACGACGUCGACGACAGCGUUGAUCGAAAAAUCUCGUUCAAUUGACAAGAUGCGAGACUCGUGAGGAUACGCGACUAGUUGAGAUGUGACGUACUUUUAAAUGAGUCAACGUGUUGUAUCGCACGAGAACCGUGUUGAUUGCCGGUGGAGGCGAUGAGCGGCCGGAAACGACUCGUUGCUCGAUACGAUCGACCAACCACUGGAGCGCGCCUCCUGACACGCUCGUUCGUUUGAAAAUCUUUUUUUUCUCGCACAAGAAAAGUAAAAAAAGAAAGCCAAAGAGAAGAAGAAGGAGAAUGUCGAGGGGGUCGAAAACGCUGGACGCGGCGUUGUUCUACGUGUAAAUAAGUUACGAGAUGGAAAAUAUUUAUAAGCCAAUGUUACAAUUCUGUGAAGAAAUAUAAAUUUUACCGAUUCGAUUAA